AUGGCGACUACGGUUGAGCGCACUCCUGAUGGCAUCAUCUACAAUCCGGCCGAAGUGCGUCAUGUUCCCGACAUCGACUUGAUGACUCUGCUGUUCGAGUCGGAAACCUGUCGCGUCCCGGAAGACAAGGUCAUCCACGCCGAUGCGGCGGAGCCCAGUCACAAUCUCACCAAGGGGAGACUACGCCAGCUGUCCCAAAGGGCGGCCCAUGUCUUUAGACAUCAGUAUGGUAUCGGCGCCCAGGGGGAAAACAAGGACGUGGUCUUCAUGAUCUCGACGGGCCACUUCAUGACCCCACUCAUCUUCUACGGCGCCAUCAUGGCGGGGGGCAUCUUCUCAUCCACCAACCCGUCGGCCACCCCGGGUGAGCUUGCAUAUCAGCUGCGACAGACGAGCGCGACCGUUGUGGUCUGCACCCCGGACACGAAGGACGUCGUGUUGGCAGCAGCGAAGAAGGCUGGCCUCUCAGAGCGAAACAUGCUUCUAUUCGGUGGAACGAAGGACCUCGAGUUCAAGGAAGCCGCCUCGGGAGCCCGGGUGCCUAUCUCGAAUCAGGAGCUUCAAUGGAGACGGAUCACUGACCCCGUCGAGCUCGACAACAGCGUCAUCUGCCUCUUAUUCUCCAGCGGCACGACAGGCCUGCCGAAAGCCAUGCCGAUAUCCCACCGGAACAGCGUUGCGCAUUGCGCGCUGGCCCAGGAGCCGACUAGGGAAUACAACAAGGCGACUAAACCUCUGGGUUAUGAAUAUCGAAUGAUAGCGCACCUACCGACCGCUCACGUCGCCGGCGUGCAAGUUUACCUUGUCAACAACUGCUAUGUCGGCGGCUGCUGCUACUGGAUGUCGCGCUUCGAUUUCCCCAAGUUCUGUGAGUACGCCAAGAAGUACCAGGCGACCACCAUGUUCACGGUGCCGCCCAUCUACCUUCUGAUAGCCAAGUCGUCGUUGGUCAAAGACCACUUUGACACGUGGCAGGAGGCAAUUGCGGGAGCGGCGCCGAUGGGACCUGACCUCGAGGUAGAGGUGGCUAAGAAACUUGGGAAGGGCGCUACGAAAUUGCGGCAGACCUGGGGAUUGAGCGAAACGUGUGGUACUUUCACAAUCAGUCCAAUCGACCCGGCCCAGUCGGCCCCGCCAGGCUCAGUAGGUGCCCUGAUAGCGAACUGCUACGCCCGGCUCAUCGACGACAACGACAAAGAUGUCGAUCCGGGCCAGCCUGGCGAAGUGUGGGCGAAAGGCCCGGUAGUCACAAACGGGUACUGGAGGAACGACAAGGCGAACAAGGAGUCGUUCAAGGACGGUUGGUUCUGCACUGGCGACAUUGCCGUCUUCAAAGACGGCUUUUUCUUCAUCGUGGAUAGGAAGAAGGAACUCAUCAAGUACAAAGGCAACCAGGUUGCCCCUGCAGAGCUCGAAGCCAUGCUGCUCUCACACCCGAAAAUCCUCGAUGCGGCGGUCAUCGGCGUCCCUGGCGAUGGGACCGAAGUACCUCGCGCCUACGUCGUUGCAGACCAGAAGCAGAUCACCGGACAGGAGAUAAUGGAUUGGUUCAAGAAGCAGGGCCUCUCGCAUUACAAGCAGUUAAGAGGAGGUGUAGUGUUCCUGGAGGCGAUCCCAAAGAGCCCGUCGGGCAAGAUCUUGAGGAAGAUACUGAGGGAUAUGGCAAAGAAUGAGACGCCGUUGGCUAAGAUAUGA